GAGCAGCGACAGCGGCGGGAGGGAGGCGCAGCCCGGCGGACCCAGCUCCGCUGCCCGUCGGCUCUCUCCCCGCGAAGGCUGGGGACCUGCUGUGAGGUGAUGGAGGAGCAUGGGUACCCUUCCUAUAGCGCCCGCAGCCCCGCCUGGGAGGAGCUGGAGUCCGGGAAGAUGGCCGGGGCCGAGUCGGGGAUGAGCGGCGCCGGGAUCCCGCAGCAGCCCCAGCCCCARCCCCCGGCGGCGGCGGCGGGGMCGGCGGACGAGUCGUCGGACAGCGAAGGGGAACACGAGGGCCCCCAGAAACUCAUCCGGAAAGUGUCCACCUCGGGCCAGAUCCGCAGCAAGACAAGUAUAAAAGAAGGAUUACUACUGAAGCAAACCAGCUCUUUUCAGAGGUGGAAAAAGCGUUAUUUCAAACUUCGAGGUCGUACCCUUUACUAUGCGAAGGAUUCAAAGUCUCUAAUAUUUGAUGAAGUUGACCUGUCAGAUGCCAGCGUUGCUGAAUCAAGCACAAAAAAUGUCAACAACAGCUUCACGAUAAUCACUCCAUUUAGGAGGCUAAUAUUGUGUGCUGAGAAUAGAAAAGAAAUGGAGGACUGGAUAAGCUCUCUGAAGUCCGUUCAGUCCAGGGAACACUAUGAGACCGCACAGUUUAAUGUGGAACAUUUCUCAGGGAUGCAUAACUGGUACGCCUGCUCCCACGCCCGACCCACCUUCUGCAAYGUGUGCAGAGAGAGCCUCUCUGGAGUCACCUCCCACGGCCUGUCCUGCGAAGUGUGUAAAUUUAAAGCGCAUAAAAGAUGUGCUGUCCGAGCAACAAAUAACUGCAAAUGGACUACAUUAGCCUCAAUUGGAAAAGACAUCAUUGAAGAUGAAGAUGGUAUAGCUAUGCCUCACCAGUGGUUAGAGGGGAACCUGCCYGUCAGUGCCAAAUGCGCAGUCUGCGACAAGACCUGUGGCAGUGUUCUGCGCCUGCAGGAUUGGAAGUGCCUUUGGUGYAAAGCUAUGGUUCACACGGCCUGUAAAGAUCUGUACCCUCGUAAAUGUCCACUUGGCCAGUGUAAGGUAUCGAUCAUCCCUCCAACAGCUCUAAACAGUAUAGACUCCGAUGGUUUCUGGAAAGCCACAUGCCCGCCAUCCUGUGCCAGUCCUCUUUUAGUUUUUGUUAACUCAAAGAGUGGAGACAAUCAGGGAGUAAAGUUUCUUCGUCGAUUCAAACAGUCGUUAAAUCCAGCUCAGGUCUUCGAUUUAAUGAAUGGAGGACCUCACUUAGGUUUGCGGUUAUUUCAGAAGUUUGACAACUUCAGGAUUCUUGUGUGUGGUGGCGAUGGAAGCGUGGGCUGGGUCUUGUCAGAAAUUGAUAAGCUCAGCUUGCAUAAGCAGUGUCAGUUAGGAGUGUUGCCCCUUGGUACUGGAAAUGACCUUGCUCGUGUCCUCGGUUGGGGAGGAUCCUGUGAUGAUGAUACGCAACUUCCUCAGAUUUUGGAAAAACUAGAACGAGCCAGCACCAAAAUGUUAGACAGGUGGAGUAUAAUGUCAUAUGAACUGAAAUUACCAGCAAAGCCUUCUAUUCUUCCAGUGACUGCAGAAGAGUCAGAGGAGUGCCAGAUAUCUGCUUAUGAAGAUUCAGUUGCUGCUCAUCUUGCAAAAAUCCUCAAUUCUGAUCAGCAUUCAGUUGUCAUAUCAUCUGCCAAAAUAUUAUGUGAAACUGUAAAGGACUUUGUUGCCAAAAUAGGGAAGACCUACGAAAAACCAGUGGAAAAUGCAGAGGAAGCUGAUGCCAUGGCCAUUAAAUGCUCAGAGUUAAAUGAGAAGCUCGACCUAUUGCUCCAGGCUCUUCACACGGAAUCCCAGGCUGCUCCCCUUCUCCCAGGCAUUGCUCCCUCCAUUGUGGAAGAAGAACCAGAGGAGUUUUCAAGUGAAGAAUCCUUGUCUGAAAGCAAAGAGCAAUUAGCAGAGUGUGUCUCAAAGUCUUCCCAGAAACUSUUCAAACCAAGGGAACAGUUAAUGCUCCGAGCAAACAGCUUGAAGAAGGCUGUGAGGCAGAUCAUUGAACAAGCAGAAAAAGUUGUGGAUGAGCAGAAUGCUCAUAGUGAAGAGCAAGUGAACCAGUCUCCAGUAGAAUACAGCAAAGAAUUGGAUGAAUCCAAAGAAGAGGAAAAAGAGGAAGAUACAAAGGAACUUGAGUCCCCAUCAACUAAAACUGCACCACGAUCUCCUGAUAGGCGUACAAGCAGAGGUAUCCAUUCUCAGACAGGUUCUUUCUCUGCUCCAGCUUUGGCAGCAAGCAAAGAAAACCUYCCAGUACUUAACACGAGGAUUAUCUGCCCAGGUUUAAGGGCUGGUCUAGCUGCUUCCAUUGCAGGAAGUUCAAUUAUUAGCAAAAUGUUGCUAGCAAACAUCGAUCCAUUUGGUGCUACGCCGUUUAUUGAUCCGGAUCCAGAUUCCUUGGAGGGAUAUUCAGAAAAAUGUGUCAUGAACAACUACUUUGGAAUUGGGUUGGAUGCAAAAAUUUCUCUAGAAUUUAAUAACAAACGAGAAGAGCACCCUGAAAAGUGCAGAAGUCGGACGAAAAACAUGAUGUGGUAUGGAGUUCUUGGCACAAAAGAGCUACUGCAGAGAACGUACAAGAACUUAGAACAAAAAGUUCAACUUGAGUGUGACGGACAAUAUAUCCCCCUUCCAAGCCUGCAGGGCAUAGCUGUGCUAAACAUUCCCAGUUAUGCUGGUGGGACUAAUUUCUGGGGUGGAACCAAAGAAGAUGAUAUAUUUGGAGCUCCAUCAUUUGAUGAUAAAAUCUUGGAAGUUGUUGCUGUAUUUGGMAGCAUGCAGAUGGCAGUUUCCAGAGUCAUCAAACUGCAGCACCACAGGAUAGCCCAGUGUCGGUCAGUGAAGAUCACCAUACUUGGUGAUGAAGGRGUUCCAGUGCAAGUCGAUGGAGAGGCAUGGAUCCAGCCCCCAGGGGUUAUUAAAAUCAUACAUAAAAACAGAGCUCAGAUGCUGACACGAGACAGAGCCUUUGAAAACACCCUGAAGUCUUGGGAGGACAAACAGAAGUGUGAUUCGUGCAAACCURUCAUUCGAUCUCCCUUGUACCCUCAGCAAGCUGUUGAGUUGGCUACAGAAGAAGAAGUUGCACAGAUCCAGCUGUGCUCACAAGCUGCAGAAGAACUUAUUACCAGGAUCUGUGAAGCAGCAAAAGUGCAUAGCCUCUUGGAGCAGGAGCUUGCUCAUGCUGUUAAUGCAUGUUCACAUGCAUUAAACAAAGCCAACCCAAGGUUUCCUGAGAGCCUUACCAGAAACACUGCCAUGGAGAUAGCUGUCAAUGUAAAGGCCUUACAUAACGAAACAGAAUCUCUGCUAGUAGGAAGAGUUCCUUUGCAGUUAGAAGCUCCCCAUGAAGAACUGUUGUCUGAUGCUUUGCACAGUGUGGAAACAGAGUUGAGAAAACUUGCUGAGAUUCCUUGGCUUUAUUAUGUUUUUCAACCAAAUGAUGAUGAGGAUCCCCCUCUGGAUUAUGCUAAAAGAAACAACAGAAGUACAGUGUUUCGUAUAGUGCCAAAGUUUAAAAAAGAAAAAGUUCAGAAACAUAAGACCAGCCCCCAGCCUGUUCAAAAAUGGGGCACAGAUGAAGUUGCUGCUUGGCUGGAUCUGCUCAGUUUGGGAGAGUACAAAGAAAUCUUCAUCAGCCAUGACAUCCGAGGCUCUGAGCUUUUACAUCUGGAAAGGCGAGAUCUUAAGGACCUGGGGAUAACGAAAGUGGGCCAUAUGAAGCGAAUUCUCCAGGGAAUUAAGGAACUCAGCAAGAACACCCCCUUCUCUGAAGUGUAAUUAUGCUGGUGCUUUCAUUAAAGAGAGAAGAGAAAGUUGCUGGAGAAGCAAAGCUGUUGCAGGCACUUGGCUGUCUUUGUAGUUUACUCUGUGGAGGAAUAAGCUCUGGUGUUUGUACAGGCUAGCAUCUCUGAAUUCUGGUGUGGUGAAGAACUUACAGCAAGAGUACGAAAGGAUUUGUGCCAAAAACAAAAGGAAAAGGUGGUAUGUUCUGUUUUCUUGGUGUGUGAAUUGGCCAGUUUGGAUAAGCCUAGUCUGGUAAAUUGAUUGGUUGAUGGUGAACUGCACUGACUGGAAAAUAUAAUCAAGAAAUGAUUGCUUUGCUUACAUGCAGCUCAGUAUGCCUCUCUCUAUGCUGCAGCAAGAUGCCACUGUACAGCGUGAGGUGAUCUGCUUGUCCUUCCGAGGCGUAGCUCCAUGAAGCCUCCUGUGCAGGAGAGCAGGGAGCUGGGAAGGUUCAGCGCGUGAGGCUGGCGGUGCCGCAGGGAUCCRGGGCUCGCUGGCCAUGCAGGAGAGGGGAGAGAUACCUUGUGAUACCAUGAAUGCAAACUAUAAUGCAUGGUGUGCCUGCCUGAAUUGUCUGUUGUUCUGUUGCAUGACACAUCUGAUACUUUAAACACUUGAACAACUUUUUUUAUGGGUUUAAAUGAAAUUUAAUUUAUUGCUACUUGAGUGGGGUU